UUGCAUCAUGGACUGCGCACAGCCAUGGUUGAUCGGGAAUCCUUGGCAGCUACAUCGUACUGUAUCUACCUGGUCCUUCUGUUGGUUUCAUUUUGCUUAUCCUUCUGCUUGGCCACUCGAUGCCGCUCCUGCACCUACUUCUCAGAAGCUGGCGCGUCGCUGCUAGUUGGCUUUCUCGGAGGAGGCUUGCUGACUCUGCUGGUCCGGGAGGACGCAAGUGAUCGUUUUUCUGAGAAGGAAGUACAGCACUCCGUGGUUGGCUUCUCGUCCACGGUGCUAUUCUGUGUUUUGUUGCCUCCUAUCAUUUUCGACUCGGGCUUCCGAAUGCGUGGCGCCUUCUUUUGGGCGAACAUUGACAAAAUUAUGGUUUUGGCUUUUGUGGGCACGUUGCUCUCUUCGUUGGUAGUGGGAUUUCUACUCGUGGCUGUUUCAGGCAUUCUGCCCUUUGCCCCGGAUGCGCCGGAUGGACCCAGCAGCAUUUCAUUGCCCGAGGCGUUGAGCUUUGGGGCUUUGAUUUCAGCAACAGAUCCUGUGACAACGCUGGCUAUUUUUGAGCAGCUGCAGGUGGACCCCCACCUCUUCAAUGUUGUUUUUGGUGAGAGCGUUCUCAACGAUGCGGUUUCCAUUGUACUUUUCCAUUCCUUUUCCAAAGCGAUUGGAGCGGAAGAGAAGAAUGUCCUCGUAAGCAUAUGUGGAAUGACAAUGGACUUUGUUGUAAUUUUCGUCGGCUCUGCUAUCAUUGGCGCUUCCCUGGGCUGCCUUUCAGCUCUACUCUUCAAGCACGUUGAUCUUCCAGGCCACACUGCUGCACACGGCCCAAAGUUGGAAUUGGCGGUGUUUCUCGUCUUUUGUUAUGCACCAUUCUUGCUGGCGGAUGGUGCUGGUCUUAGUGGAAUUGUGGCCAUCCUCUUCACGGGCAUCACCAUGAAGAGGUAUACUUUCAACAAUUUAUCCCCAGAUGCAAGAGAAACCGUCCAGACAAUCGUGUCAUUGAUGGCGAGUUGCGCUGAGACCCUCGUGUUUAUCGACCUUGGCACAUCUGCUUGGGAAAGCCUCCGGGCUGACAUCCGGCUUGUGGCAUAUGUGUUCCUUUGCUGUUUGCUUGGCCGAGCUGUGAAUGUGUACACAGCGGGUUUAAUCUUGAACGCGACACAACCAUCAUACCCACGGCGCCCCUUCGAGACAAAUGACAUGCACAUGGUCUGGUUCGCUGGGCUCCGUGGCGCGAUUGCAUUCGCGCUGUCCACUCAAUUCAAAGGGCCGCACCGACACAGCACAAUGGCUUUGGCGAUGUGGGUUGUGUUGAUUUCUGUGUGGUUCUUGGGUGGUGCUACUGCACCCAUGCUCUCCUGGCUGCGCAUCCGCCGUUGUGAGCCUGAACAGCUCAAGCAGCUGGCGCUCACUUUGGAGCCGGCAGUCAAGCGCCUGACGAUUGUGCGGUGGGACCAGAAAUAUUUGAGUCCCUGGCUUUUGCGCAUGGCAUCCCCACCAAGUUCACCUUCACGAGGGGAUACUGAAGCACAGGAUCAGAAUGCUGGCAGUGAUGCCGCAAGGGCGGUGCGUUUGAAGACUACACUGACCACACUUACACCAUCAUAUACCAGUUGUGAGUUGCAGGACAUUGCUCACAGCCAGCUUCCGGACACAGGUCGAGAGGGCGCACCACACGCGUCUCCCCUCCUGACAGCCAGGGAGGUGGGAGAUGAGGCGGAAUGACCGCACACUACCUCCAAAGUGUGGCCAAAGUUCGGAAGAGACUGGAGAAAAGGACGAAAAAGACUGGAGAAAAAGAUCGUGGUUGCAGAAUUUGCUAGUAGUUAGACCCUAAUAUCCAGCAGAACUUGCCCAGAGAGGUUGUGGGGUGGUUCAGGACAACCCAUUGGAGCCCAUUGGAUGUGUCUGGAUGGGGUAGGUUUCCAGUAAGAAGGAUGCCCUCACACUUCACACACCCAGA